UCAAGCAAAGGUAAAUAUGUUUAAUAAUAAAAUAAAAACGGAAUCACCGCCUGGCUAUGGACUAGCAAUACCAUCAUGUGAAGCAUUGGUCGAUGCCUCCAACAAUUCUGGUAUUUAUAACGAUCAUAACCGAUAUGGGCUGAUGAUACCUAGUGGCCAACCAGUUAAACGAAAACUAUUCGCUGAAGAUGAGCCAUUAUCCCAUUCCAACUCUUCGAAUAUUCCAAGCGAUUUUAAUUCCCGCAAACGAUACCAUCAAUCGAAUUCUACAAAUCAAAAUAAUGUUAAAUAUGACCAGAAAUCGAUGCCUCAACAAUCUCAAUCUUUGCAUGAGUAUCCAAAACGUAUUCCAUUGGGUAAUGGAAUAUCUCAGAUUGCAAUACGUAAAAAACACAACGAUUCACCAACUGGCUGGAAUAAUGAGGUGUUUUUAUUGAAUGGAAAUUGGGAUACAUCACAUUCAAUACCAAAUAUUGUUGCUGAAAUGCAUAACGUGAAUCUUGCCGAACUCCAAGGCACAUGGGGUGGUGAUGAUGGUGAUACACUGACCGCAUCAUGUGUAAAUGGUGGCCAAACAAUAUCUACAAUUAUUACAAAUGAUAGUAGAGAUGGAAAGAAUUCAGACAAUUUACAAUCAAUUCAUCAGCAACGUAUUGAUAAUAAUCAUCGUGCUUUAACAGGGUUACCGACAAACGACGCUAAUCAAGAUUUUAAUGGUGAUGAUAAUUUCCAAUGGCUUGUUAAUUUUAAGCUAGAUGAUUUAAUUCAUGCGUCAACUCCUACUAGUUCAUCUUCAUCAGAUUACACAAACACGACACUCACAAAUAGUAAUCGAAGUCAACAGUCAAUGGUUAUGCAAACGAAUACAUCGAAUUCAAUUCGAUCGAUCAACAUGAAUCCAAACUAUAGCCAACAUGUAUAUAUUACUGAUGUAAAUUCGUUACCAAAUCAAUAUUUUACACAAAAUCAACUAAAGAAUAUAAUCCAAGAAAAUAGAACAAAUAAUCUACAAAGUAGACAAUUAUCUCAACAACAACAUCAACAACCGGCAGCAGUUACAGUGAAGACAAUGAAACAUACGAGUCUUCCUGGUGCAAAUAAUAUAAAUGGAAAUAAUCAAGGGAAUCAUACAAGUCGCUAUUCUGGUCCACGAAAACCACCUUUUACAUACACCGAGCUGAUUGAGCAUGCGCUUCGUGAAAAAGGUGAAUUAACUGUAUCAGGAAUAUAUCAAUGGAUUUCUGAUCAUUUUCCAUUUUACAAAGCAAACGAUGAUCGCUGGAAGAAUUCCGUCCGACAUAAUUUAUCAAUAAAUCCACAUUUUCGUAAAGGAAGCAAAGCAGUACAUGGCGCUGGUCAUUUGUGGACAAUCGCACAAAGGGACGAUAAACGAAUGUCUACAUGGAUCAUGAAGAAACAACGCAUGCAACAAUUUAUUGAUAAGUACGAUGAAAAAGAAAAAGCAAUGGAAGAUGAACUUCAAGCGGCCACAGCAAGUAUUUUACCUGAAAUGGAUUGUGGAUACCUCCAAACAGACGUUAAUAUACAGAAUAGUAAUAGCAGUAAUCAGAGAAUGGGACAUAAUGUGAUACGAACUUCAGACGAUUCGAGCUCCAUUAAACGUGAGGUUGAAGUGCAAUAUUUAAUUCCAGUUAGUGAUUCUAUGGAUUUUAUGUGUCCAGUAUCAAAAGAACAAGUAGCCGAAGAAUGUGGUUUACAACAAUCUUGCAACAGUAAUGACGACAAUAAAACCGAACAGCAACGUGUGAACGAACUAACAAGUGGUGAUUAUUUAAUUACAGAUUUAAAUCCACAAACACUUGGUUUAAAUCUAUCUGAAGCUGAAAUCAUUACACCAGAUCAAUUAUUUGGUGAUGAUCUCAAUUUUCAGUGCUAUGAAUUACAAGUAUGA